AUGCCGAAAAGUAUUAAAAAUACCGAAAUAAACCCCACUCGAUAUGGCAGCGUACAGCAAGAGCUCCAACUGGACGAUAUACAACUGCUGCUGGAGCGCAUAGCCAAGAAUGACAAGAGUGGGUUCACGCAGCUGUUCAGCCAGCUGAAGGACGUUAACUUUGUGGACGACACGGGCAUGUCGCUUCUGGCGUGUGCGAGCUUCAAAGGCAACAAAGAGGCUGUGCAAAUACUGCUAGACAUGGGCGCCGAUGUCCACUUGAAUCAGCAUGGGGCCGACUAUACACCUUUGCACUUUGCGGCCCUGUCCGGCAGCACUGACGUGUGCCGCCAGCUGCUGGAUGCCGGCAUCAAUCCGAGCAGCAUCAACAGCGUCUCGCGCACCGCCUCACAGAUGGCCGCCUUCGUGGGAAACCAUGCCUGCGUGGAGACAAUUAACAACUAUAUUACCCGAUCUGGACUGGAGUACUACACACAGGCGCACGGCCAGCAAACGGAGCCGUUAAUUCCGCCUGCGCUGCUAUCAGCCUUUCACACCUUUGUCAUCGAAAUCAAUCUGCAUCCCGUGAGAAUCGCACUGAACGCCCAGUCCUCGUACAGCAAGAGCUCCCAACUGGACGAUAUACAACUGCUGCUGGAGCGCAUAGCCAAGAAUGACAAGAGUGGGUUCACGCAGCUGUUCAGCCAGCUGAAGGACGUUAACUUUGUGGACGACACGGGCAUGUCGCUUCUGGCGUGUGCGAGCUUCAAAGGCAACAAAGAGGCUGUGCAAAUACUGCUAGACAUGCGUGUGCCGCCAGCUGCUGGAUGCCGGCAUCAAUCCGAGCAGCAUCAACAGCGUCUCGCGCACCGCCUCACAGAUGGCCGCCUUCGUGGAAACCAUGCCUGCGUGGAGACAAUUAACAACUAUAUUACCCGAUCUGGACUGGAGUACUACACACAGGCGCACGGCCAGCAAACGGAGCCGUUAAUUCCGCCUGCGCUGCUAUCAGCCUUUCACACCUUUGUCAUCGAAAUCAAUCUGCAUCCCGUGAGAAUCGCACUGAACGCCCAGUCCCUAGGACUUCUCAGGAUACUGAGCAACCUGCGCAAAACCCUGGCACUAAUGUGCGAGAAGGAGAUGCAGAAGACACACGACAUGAACGAGCUUCUGGCCUUCAAGUUCCACUACCAGGGCUGGAUCGUGGCAGAGCUGAUCCGCUGUGAGGAGCAGUUCAAGGCGCAACACAAGGAGAAGACUGGCGGAGGCGAGCCGGAGGUAAACAAGAACGACUUUAUCGAGCUGUUCGUGAAGCGGGUGCUUAAGGAAAACGAACAGGGCCAGCUGGACUACGUGGAGUACACGUUAAGGGAGUGUGCGCGGGAGUUUCCCGUGCGGGAGUGCACCAUCUUCAGGCAGAUAGCCACCCAAUUUGGAGGCAAGGAUGCCCCGCCGGCACUGGUUAUCCUCCGCAAUGCCAUCAACGGAAUGCGCGGCUUUGUGGACGAAACCAGCUACUGCAGCACCUGUGGACAAGAGAAGCCUGACAAGAAGUGCUCCAAGUGCAAGGCGGUGCAGUAUUGCGAUCGGGAGUGCCAGCGUCUGCACUGGUUCAUGCACAAGAAGAGCUGUGCCCGACUCUUGGCCGCCUCGCUGGCUGGAGCCACGACCCAGGUCCAGUCGAAGGGGCCCAUUGAUACCUCAGAGCUGCAGGAGCAGCUAUCCAAGCUGUCGGCGUAAUCGCUAUGUCAAGUGUUUCUUUUUUAAUGGAAAUAUAUUUACUAUAAAAACAUGAA